CUAAGAAAUUACAAAUUGCUGAUCCUAGCCUUCCCUUUGUACAUGAGUUCCCAUGUUGGAUGUCUUUUGGAUUUAAUAUAAACAUGUAUUACUUGCAUGGGGACUCUUGCCUUAAGGAAUGUAAACUUUAUCUGCAUUUGCUGAUUUGUAAAAUAAAAAUUAAAAAAAAAGAAAAAAAAGGAAAAUGCAUGUCACAAAUUAAAUUCUCUAUUGUAAAUAAAUUUUUUUCGUUGAAAGUUGAAGAUAAGUAUGGCUCUGUUUUGUGUCCUUCACUUACUUAUUUGAGCACCAGAUGCUCUUGGGAAUUAAUUCCUCCACAGAAAGCACUUCAUGGGUCACUGCCUGGAACACUUUGUGGGUCACAAGAGUCUGCUGCUUAUGUGCACAUAUCUAGGUCUAUAUCUUACUGUCUCUCUAAAUAUAUAUAUAUAUGUGUAAGUGUUGGAUUUGGACCACUCAAGUCUCAAGCAUAGGCUUAAUCCUCCAAAAUAUUUAAUGCUCUGACCCUGAUCCAGCAAAUCCCAUGGGCAAAUGCAAUGAGGCUGUUGGAGGAGUCGGAGGCUGUGGCAUGUGGUGACAGGAUGGUUUUUAAGCAUGUCUGGCACUGGAAGGUGAAUACAUUUCCUGCUCCUGGAAGAAUUUGCCUGCAGGGCUGGUGGAGAUGAGGCUGGUGUGAUCAGAGGUGCGGCCGGAACAAGCUCGAUAAGUAGCACUCUCCAACACCUCUUUAUCCUGUAAGUUAUCCUCUGCACAGGAUUAGGGAUGUAGGAGAAGCAUUAAGGCUCUAAUAGCAAACAAACUGCUUUCUCUGGCUAAUGGUGCAUCUCUUGGAUCUCCAUGAUGUGGACAGUCUUCAGCCUGGUUCUUGUCAGCUCCAUUUUUGUCCUCAAAAGUGAAGCACUGCAGUGUUACACCUGUGUAGGUUCUAGUGAUGAUGACUGCAACAGACAAGGAAGUCAGCAGUGCCCAGGCCAUGCAGAUGCCUGUGCAGUCAUUAGAGGACAAGCAAGUGGCAUCAUGAAGUCCUGCUCGUUCAGGUCCUUCUGCGAGCGCGCCAGGAGGGACGGGUCGAGGGCACCCGGAGUGAGCGUCCACUGCUGCUACUCCAACAACUGCAACGCCAAGAGCCUGGCUCCCAGGGUCACCAGCUCCAGCAGCUACUUCCUCCUCAUCUUCACACUGCUCUGGCACCCCUUGUUGAAGCUGACAUGAGGGGAAAAAGAGAAAAAAAAAUAAAAAAAUAAGAGUAUCCUGAAGCAACAACUCUGCCUUCUUAGCAAAGGAUGAUAAUAUCUCCUAAUCAUGCUCCAUGUACCAUGUAUCUCACUAGGAAAAAAGCUGUAGGAAGACCUGACAGAUGUUUAGAUAAAAAUUGUUUCAUCUGCUAAAUAGGUCUUGAUCUCUGUGUAAGAAAUGCUGCCCUGUUGUUUAUCCUGAGGGGUUGAUUGUGCGAAUACAUAACAUUUCCCUGCAAUUUAGAUAAGGAGGAAUCUUUGCUGCAGGUAGCCUGGUAGUAAGGUAAAGGGCAAAUGUCUGCCAAAUGCU